AUUUGCUUUGGGGUCUUCCAAUCAGAAACCACGCAGCCGUCCUGCUCUGCUCUGGACCUGCAUUUAUGCGACCCAAUCCUCCGGCAGCCAGAAACAUCUCAACAUUCAAAUGGCCGCCGACGACGUUCGGAACCAUCUGGUGAAGAAGCUCAGGAAGACCAUCGAGAAGGCAAACGAAGAUUCCAGUAAAGGCGUGGCCGCGCUCGCCUGUUGUUGCCCUUGCCUGCUCUCUCCCAAGGUCCAAACACUGGAUAACUAUCUUCGAAACGCCGCUGACAACAAACUAAGCCUGGAUAAUCUCUACCGCCUCCACAAUCUCCUCGACGUCUGGCAAUCGAAGAAGGGUUCUUACUCCGUCGACUCCUUCACUUUCGCCUUCAAGUUCAAGAGCAAUUUGGACAAGAUCAUUGCCGAUGUUAAAGCUACCAAUAAUGUUGAAGAUAAACCCGGUCAAGCUCAAGCAUCCGUCUCCAGCGAGGAAACAGGAGAUCCCUGCUGGAGCGAUCGGUCGGUGAACGAAAAGGAAAUCGUCGGAUUUGCCGAAAGAGCCAUGUCGCUUCAGAGAUUUCUCACCCAGAAGGAGGAUGAGUCCCAGUUCCAGGCCAUUGGGCUCAUUGGCAUGCGAGGAAUCGGGAAGACAACUCUCUGCCAGAUGAUCUUCGACAAACCGGAAUUGAAGAGGUUCGUCCCCAGGAUCUGGGUCUGUUUGUCCCGACGAAGCAACGAUGAUCCGGACGCCAGGAAGGAGACGGUGAAAAGAAUUCUGGUCUGUCUCGGAGUCGAAAGAACAAUCAUCGAGUCUGCUGACAGAAACCAUGGUGGCCUCCAAGGUUUGCUCUUAACCCUCCGGCAUCAGCUGGCGGGGAAGAAUUAUUUAAUCGUGCUUGACGACGUCUGGUGCCCCGACAAAUCUUACAUGACGUUCUGUUCGUCCUUGGCUGAGGACGAGAGGAAUUACGGGGAAAAGCUGGCGUAUGGGUUGCCCAAAGGGGGCGGAGGGACGGUGCUUUUCACCAGCAGGAUCGAUGAGGUGGCGAAGCGGAUGGCGACGGCGGAGAACUUGCACAGGGUCCGGCCGCUUUCCGAUGACAAUUGCUGGGAGAUAUUCAGGGCCACGGUGGAGAGAGAGGGGAAAAAGAUGCCAGAUUAUCUAGAGAGUCUGAAGGAGCGGAUCAAGAAGAGGUGCGCUGGUCUCCCGUUGUCGGCAAAGUGGUUGGGGGAGAUUGCUCGCGAGAAUGCAGAGAAAUCGCCUGGGGCGGCCACGGACAACAACCUAGAUGACCGGAGUCCAGGACAAUUGGUGCCCUCCGCCGGGACCCAUUAAGAUAGAGAAUCCGAAGAUGAAGAAUCAGUUGGCCCUCAGAUAAUGAUAAUGUUGGGCUUGUUUUUUGAAAGUUCUCUCCUCAAUAAAAAAAAAAAAAAAAAGAAGAGAGAUUUGUUUGGGUGUUUUUAGGGUCAUUUUUAUGUUAAUGGCUAUGGUUUAAUUUAAUAGAGUUGGUGUGGUGUGUCUUUAUCUUGAGUGAGUGAGUAACUGAGUCCGUUAUUUGUAAUUUUUACACUUAAAAAGAAACCCUUUUCUUAAUUGAUUGAGAAAUUUUGUAACUAUUAUACGAAUAA